AUGGGUGCUCACUCUGCGAUCUGGCAAGGCUAUGUUGACUCCAGCUUGAUGGGCUCCGGCCAGUUUGACAAGGCCGCCAUCCUCAGCCACGACUGCUCCGGCGUUGAGGCCUCUUCCCCCGGUUUUACGAUCUCGCCCCAGGAGAUCAGCGCUCUUGCCGCUGGCUUCGGCGACCCUAGCUCCGUCCAGGCCAGCGGUUUCACCGUCGGUGGUGACAAGUUCUUCGCCAUCCGUGCUGACGACCGUAGUCUGUACGGCAAGAAGGGCAAGGAGGGUAUCGUCGUCGUCAAGGCCGUCUCCUGCGUUAUUGUCGCCCACCACGGCGAGGCCGUGCAGACCCCCAACGCCGCAACUGUUGUCGAGAACCUCGUUGACUACAUCAACAACCCCCGGUAG